AUGAUCUCAGCAAGCGGCGCCCAACACUUCCUGGAAGAAGGUUACAAAAGACUGACUGAUCUGGCAGUGCCAUCGGACCAGUGUCCUCACUCGAGUCCAGCCAACAUGGAAGACUCCCACAGAGAUUCGGAAACCUCUGUCCAAGAGCGAAUUCGAAUACCUCCCCUUCUACGUGAUACCCCUUCUUCGGGCCAUGUCCCUAGAGACCCUAGUGAGCUAGAACGUUGCCACAACGGCGACAAUGUUAUCUGUGAUUGUUUAUAUUAUAAAAAAGACUGUACCGAAUCUCUUAUUUAUUGUGUAGCAUCGGUAAUAGGUUUAAUGAGAGUAUUUAUGUGCCUAUAUAAGAGUCAUUGGUCAAUUGCUGGAAGGGAUCCUCAAUGGAAUCGUGCUUUGCUCGCUAUCGUCCUGCUUCUUUCUUUCACGCGAGCGAAUGCAUUUGCUGAUGAAUUCCAAAAGACCGAGCAGUUCUUAGACAAAGUCAACCUGGAGAAGAGCAUCGCAGCCGUGUUCAACAAAGUUGCGUACGGUAGCACCACCAAGCGUUCCAUACCCGAUAACGCUUAUCCAGUCACAACUUUGGUCACUCCUUUACUGACUACCUAUCGCUACUCCAAUGGCAACGACGAAUGGCUUAGGGUGGACUUGAAAAACUCGGACUUGACUAGAGACGUAGGGAGGCCUGACUUUGAACCGUCUUACGAUAACGACAGUGGGGGCGAUUUCGACAACGGCUAUGGAGCUGAUCUCGAGAAAGAUCACAUACUUCCCACUUCUGCCCCAGCGGCUGAUAUCCUCAAGAACAACAACAACAAAAACUAUAACAACCCGAAUCGGUACAACAACGAUAGGCUCAAACCCGAUUUUACCACCAACAAUGAUCCAGAAGAAGUUACCGAGAACAUUUACCGCACAACAACCUCUUAUAACCUACUCAAAAACGCCAGGCCAACCAAGUCCAUGUACGGUAAAGAACCACCAAGCUACGUGCCUCCUAGCAGAGCUUUCUUCACUCCCCCACUACCGCCUGAGUACCAGAACCCCUUUGCCGACAAGCCCACAUUGAGAGGCACCAAUUCAGAAAACUUUGCCAAUCGCAGGCCAAUUCCACCCCCUAGCCUCAUGCCGAACAAGGACAGGAUACCUUUCAGACCGGACUUGCCUAAAGUCAAUAUGGAAAGGGUGGUGCCCGAUAGGCCUAACGAUACCAAUGAGAACGAACAAUACCGACCGCCUAGCCCGAACUUUAGCAGCCAGGAGAACAAGCAUGACAAGAAGAAGUCGCUCAAUACCCCGUCUCAAACUGUGAGGCUCGGAGAGUUCCACGGAUUGAAUAGGAACGUCAAUGAAAGUAACUUUGAGUACGAGAAAAGCUACGUCCCUUCUAUUACACGCAUACUCAGUGGUUCUAAUGGAAGGCAAGAUGAUAUUCCUGAUAUUUUGUUGAGAACUGUUACUGCUACUCCUAACGUUCAUCAGCGACAUGAGGUUAAAAUGCCAAAAACUAGAACGCCAGCAGUUGAUCUCAGCGCACACGAACCAGAGGUGAAGAUACCCGAGAUACCUAAAGUCGAAGCGCCAAAAAACGAAGACACUUAUGUGAAACCGGAUGCUAUCCCAGAGUCUGAUCCACCAGAUCGCUCGGAAAGUGUCACGCUGAAAAAAGACAACCCCGCUCCAGAAACGAAAAUAAACUACCCAGAAGAGGUGACUACCCAAAUUUCUGACGCGGUCAAAUUACCCAACGUGAAGGAGAAAGAAGGCAAUCGAGAGAUGAACGUUACCAUAGCCAAAUCGGAUGAAAUCUGGGUGAUCUGCUGGAACGUCCACGUCUAUCUGGUUGUAUUCGGGUACAUUUUGCUGGCGAUGUUCUCCAUAUACAAGCUGAUACGUUACGAGAAUGAUCCUCACAUGUUCUCCAAGAGCUACUUCCUCACCAUUCAUCUCAUGCUCACUGUCAUAUGCGUUCUGAGGAUCUUCUACCUCAUCUACGACCCUUACAACUUGUGGAACUCGUUCAACAUCUUCCUGUAUGACUUUUUGCACAACUUCCCUCUGAGUUUGCUCGCUACUACCUUUGCCGUGCUGAUAUUAUUCUUGCUGAAGAGAACGUUGACUCAUCUAGAGGUGAAAACCAGACCGGUGUUUCUGGUGGUGUUUGCGCUGUUGCACAUCGUCCUCUGUUUCUGCUUGAGUAUCGUGGAAACGCUAGGCCACCUAGACAAAGCAAGCUUGACCAUUUGCAAGCCGGUAUUCGUUCUUCUAGCGUGGGCUCUUGGCUUCAGCUACCUCUACCUUUACAGAAUCAUCAAAAACGUGUUGGCUAAGAAGAGUCAGAAUUUAUCGGAAAUGUGCACGCAGAAUAUUUCUUAUGCUAGUCACAUUACAAUUGCUGUUGCUCUGCUUUUUAUUUUACUGGGACUGGUGCAAGUUUACGCCUUGUUCUUCAUAAAGAUCGAUCGUUUCAACAGGGAAAUAAAGCAUCACUGGAUCCUCUGGAGCUUCGAGUUGUCAGUGAGGUUCAUAGAGAUAUCUAUAAUCACUUUACUGGCGAUCGUGGUUAGCUUGAAGAUGUCGCAGAGGGAAAAACAGUCUGCUGGUGGGUUCCCAUUGUUCCCAUGCACGACCAGCGAUUCUAGCACUGACAAUAUCUACCCUACGAAUUGCAACACCAACCCCAAUGCUUUAAACUACAGCAGACAAGAAAUGAUCAUGGAUAACAUCCCCACCGAAGCAGUGGAGCGUCCGAAUUUGCUAAAGAGCGCUUUCCAGAACGACUCUUUCGACAAGAAGUCAACCUUGGAGAGGUACCAAAGCGAUAGUGAGCGAGGCAGCAACUUCGACAGGUUCGAGAGGCCCAAAUGGGGCUCCGAUAGGUUCGACCCGCGGCAACCUAACUCGGGCAACUUCGAAAGAGGUGCGCACAACUCGGUGCAAAACAGCUUAAGGGACGAGCGAUCAUCAGCCAGGAAGACCUACGAAGCUGCCAAGUACUACAACAAGCCGAAGCUGGACGUGGAGUACAACAAUGAGGACUACCAGCACGAUAUGUUCGGCGGCAAUAACACUGAGAGGAACAUUUACAGCGAGCCAGUGGACAACCCCACUGGGCAUCAGUAUGAGAGGACACGGCAUGAAUUCGAGCGCUCUGACUUUGACAGAAGGUCUAGGAACAGCUCAAACACCUCGGGAAGAAGAUCCACUGGUAGAGCGAGGAAAAACCACCCUAGGCCUCAUCUGGGGGUGCAAACCUUGCCUAAUCACGACCGGCAUCAGAUUUCCGAUUCGAUGCUGGUGGACGAGCAAGGCUUCGUGAGGUUCAGGCACAUGCAGGAGGAGUUGGACAAGCCUAAGAAGGCUAAACGGCAGGUCAGCGACCAGAAUCAUUAUAGCGAUGCGUAA